GUUUUUAAAGGCUAUUAUUUCCGCGUGUUAGGGUAAAAGCCAAUUGCAUCAAUGUUGUAGAAAGUCGGUCCACUUGUGCAACAAACAAAACCCUGAAAACCACUGAGAAAGUUGCGCUGUCAGCCUCGCAUCAUGCCAGGAGGUGACGAAAGCGAUAAGCUCAGCAGGUCUUCAGACCCAAAAAGAAAAAGCUCGGUAGGUCUACGUGGCAGUAUAAACUCUAGCUGGAUAAACGCGGGCCCCACCUUCAAUCUGCCCCUCUCUCAUUCCCUUUCCUUCUCCCGUCUCACUGCCGCAGAGCCACAAGCGUGUGAGAACGGUGUGCACAGAUGGCAGCCACCUGGAAUUCUGGAGUGUCCCGCCCUCUCCCCGCCUAUAAAACCCAACCUCUCGGCCUUCCCUUGUUCUCGAUGUCCUUUUCUACAAACUUUCGCACUGAUCCUCAGUUUUUUUGUUUUCCUUUGUUCCGAUAAUACCCCCGAAGAAAGAACAACUGGAUAAAAAUGCCCUUGCACGCCAAUCGCAUACAGCAGAAGCAGGAGCACUGCAUCAUGGUCUCCGCCCUCAAGCAUGUAAUCUCCGGCGGCAUCACUGCCGGUGGUAGUAGACCCACUUCGCAGCAGCAGCAGCAGCUAACGGGAGCCGUCCAUUCUGCCACGUCGUCAGUCCCCUCGAGGAGGGACGGGACCCAAUCAGCAACGGACCAAGUACACAUGCUGUCGUUUUCGGCAGAGGGCGAUACGUGUCGGGUGUGCGGGAUCGAAGGGUGUCUUGGGUGCAACUAUUUCCCGUCAACAACAUUGCCAGACAGAAACAAGCAACUGAAUUUGGGGAGCGGGGCGAAUGCGGGGACGAGGAAGGGGAAGAACAAGUACAGGGGAGUGAGGAAGAGGCCGUGGGGGAAGUGGGCAGCGGAGAUUCGGGACCCGCGGCAGGCUGCGAGGGUUUGGCUGGGGACGUUCGAGACGGCAGAGGAAGCGGCCAGGGCUUACGACAAAGCUGCCAUUGAGUUCCGUGGGGACAAAGCCAAGCUCAAUUUCCCAUUAACCUCCUCCGAUCAGCUCAGCAAUAUCACUAAUAACAACAUCACUUCUAGUAGCAGAACUAAGACUAGCUCACAAUUAAUUAGGAGCAUGGAAGAGGCUGAUCAGGGCAAAGUCAAUCCAAUUACUGUGAAACAAUCAGAGAAGAUGGAAAUGUUUGAGAGCAGUGCCCCGCAGGAAGAGAAUGACCAGUUUCUCUGGGACAUGCUUCAAGAUGGAGAUGAUGACGAUGAGUUGAAAGCAUGGAUGUCAGCCAACUACAAUACCUCAUGCUCUGCUUUGAUGAAGCCAGGAUAAGUUAGGGAUUUUCAUUAGAGACACAUUUCAAAUUAGGUUUUAAUUAGUUCAAAAAUAAGAAAGGCUAACAGCAUUUUUGUUAUCGUACUAAUAACACGUCGAUGAGUGGCUUGACGUUCUCGUUUGUUUUCUUCUGCUGGAAAUGAAAUUGAAAGUUACAAGGAAAUCUGCUGGUUUUUUUAAACUAAAUGUCGACGGCUCUCGGAAAUCUGCUACUGGUGAUAUUGGUGCUGGUGGUGUUAUUCGCAACUCUGAUGGGGAUUGGAUUGCUGGAUUUGCAGCCAACUUAGGCAAGGGUCAGAUCCUUGAUGCAGAGACUUGGGGGCU